AUGAGGUUCCGCAUCUACAAGCGGAAGGUGCUCAUCCUGACGCUCGUGGUGGCCGCCUGCGGCUUCGUCCUCUGGAGCAGCAAUGGGCGACAAAGGAAGAGCGAGGCCCUCGCCCCGCCGCUGCUGGACGCCGAGCCCGCGCGGGGUGCGGGAGGCCGGGGCGGGGACCGUCCCGCCGGCUCCGUGGACCUCCGCCGGGUCUCCAACGAGUCGGCGGCCGCGCUGGUCGCGGCGGCCGCGCUGCCCGAGGCGGACAACCUGACGCUGCGGUACCGGUCCCUGGUGUACCAGCUUAACUUCGACCAGACGCUGAGGAAUGUAGAGAAGGCCGGCUCCUGGCCCCCCCGAGAGCUGGUGCUGGUGGUCCAGGUGCAUAACCGGCCAGAUUACCUCAAACUGUUGCUGGACUCACUUCGAAAAGCCCAGGGCAUUGACAACGUCCUUGUCAUCUUUAGUCAUGACUUCUGGUCAACAGAGAUCAAUCAGCUGAUCGCUGGGGUGGAUUUCUGCCCAGUUCUGCAGGUAUUCUUUCCUUUCAGCAUUCAGUUGUACCCCAACGAGUUUCCGGGCAGUGACCCCAGAGAUUGCCCCAGAGAUCUGGAGAAGGAUUCGGCUUUGAAGAUGGGAUGCAUUAAUGCUGAGUAUCCUGAUUCCUUUGGCCAUUAUAGAGAGGCCAAGUUCUCCCAAACCAAACACCACUGGUGGUGGAAGCUGCAUUUUGUAUGGGAAAGGGUCAAAGUUCUUCGAGAAUAUGCUGGCCUCAUACUUUUCCUAGAGGAGGAUCACUACUUAGCUCCAGACUUUUACCAUGUUUUCAAAAAAAUGAGGAAAUUACAGCAGCAAGAGUGUCCUGAGUGUGAUGUUCUCUCUCUGGGAACCUAUACUGCCAGUCGAAGUUUCUCUGGCAUUGCUGACAAGGUAGAUGUGAAAACUUGGAAAUCCACAGAGCACAAUAUGGGUCUAGCCUUGACCCGGGAUGCUUAUCAUAAGCUGAUCGAUUGCACAGACACUUUCUGUACUUAUGAUGAUUAUAACUGGGACUGGACUCUUCAGUAUUUGACUGUAUCUUGUCUUCCAAAAUUCUGGAAAGUGCUGGUUCCUCAGGUACCUAGGAUUUUUCAUGCUGGAGACUGUGGUAUGCACCACAAGAAAACCUGUAGACCAUCCACCCAGAGUGCCCAAAUUGAGUCACUCUUAAAUAGUAACAAACAGUACAUGUUCCCAGAAACUCUAACUAUCAGUGAAAAGUUUAUGGCACCCAUUUCUCCACCUAGGAAAAAUGGAGGGUGGGGAGAUAUUAGAGACCACGAACUGUGUAAAAGUUAUAGAAGACUGCAAUGA